AUGGAUCGUGACUACAACGAGAUAGCGACGUUCAACCUACACACCGGCGAUAUAGAAACACUGGUAUUCGAUAUCAGUAGUCUCAACUUUGUGGUGUCGUUCUGCUUCGAUGGUCGCGACCUGAUCUACGUGGUCGAUGAAUACGGUGAAUUCAUGAGACUCUCCAUUAGCAAGCGAACGAAAGAAGCCAUUGGAUUCCCUAUCACUGCAUUCUACAACAACGCGAAAUACCCGAUGUUGUACAUCAAUAACCUCAUCUACUUCUUUGGUGGUAAGAAGCACGGUGACUAUAUCUACUCAAUCGAAACCAACAAGUGGAAGAAAAGUAAAUUCUAUCACUAUGAAACUGAUUAUAAUUCUGCUAUGAGUGUAGCUACUUUUGGACAUUGUAUCAUUGAAUUGGCACCGAAUACUGAUGAUGUUUAUAUCUUAAAGUUGAAUGACAAUGAAAAUAGAUUCAACAAUAAGAAUAUAAAGAAUAUACAUGAUGCACUUGAUUUCAUUGAAAAACAAGAGAAUGCAUCGUGUUUAAUUACAACAGGUACGAAUCCAAAGUAUUUCUCUAAUGGUUUGGACUUAGAGUGGGCUAUGACCAUUGGAAUGGAAGGAUUCCAACCAUUCAUUAAAGACUUCCAAUGUUUGUUGGCUAGAUUCCUUACAUUCCCGAUGCCAACAAUUGCUGCGUUGAACGGUCAUACUUUUGCAGGUGGUGCAAUGUUGGCGUGCUCACACGACUACAGAAUCAUGAGAAACGAUAAAGGUUUCUUUUGUCUUCCUGAAGUCGAUAUUCAUAUUCCAUUAACUCCUGGUAUGAAUGCUGUAUUACAAGCAAAGAUAACAGAUGCGUCAACUUAUAGAGAUACUGUUUUGUUAGGAAAGAGAUUCUCUGGUGAAGAAGCAUCAAAGCUUAGAAUCGUAGAUAAAGCAACUACCGAAGAGAUGUUGUUACCAGAAGCUAUACAAUUAGCAACUAAAAUAGCACCAAAAGGUAAAGAUAGAUUUACAUUCGGUGCACUCAAGAGAGAACUCUACAGAAGCGCUAUGGAUAAAUUGAAAACCGGUGAUUUUGGUGAAUCUUCAAAAUUACAACUACCAUUUGCCAAGCUUUAA